AUGGAUCUCGAAGCGCAGAGCCUUUUACGGGACGAAGAGGACAGCGUCGAUGUCCGGCCGCUGUGGCGGACCCAGCUUCGCAUUGUGGCCGUGGUGUUCGUCAUGUCUUCCAUGUGCGGCUUUGCAUUUUCCCAAGCUGAACGGCCUCCGCCUGCAGCAGGAUCACUGCGUGGAUUCAUGCAAAAGGCUGGCCGGCACAGUGAGACGCUGCAGCUUCUUUUUCCAAGCCAUGCCGAAACGAAGAUCGUGGAGGCGAAUGCAAAUGAAACUUCAGUGGAUGGAGUUUCCAAGGCGAAAAAACCGAAACGUUUCAGAAAUGAGAGCUUGAAGGCGCUGAACAGCUCAGAUCUUGCAAAAUUUCCGAAACGUUUCAGACAUGAGAGCCUGAAGGAGGUCGGCCCCACGACUACCCGGGCCACUUUCACCACAGCAGAGGCAAUUCAUUACGUUUACUACCCGACCAAGCCUCCAUCGAGAAAGUUUCAUGAACUGGAUGGCCCUGACACCAUCAAAUUCCAGAAAGAAGGACAGGAGCAGGAGAUCAGAGCGGUGGACACAGCUCGGGAAAUCUAUCUGUACCUGACCCAAAGAACACAAGAUUCCUUAAAGUUUAAAUAGCAAUGCCGAAAUCGGCUGUGCCCUCACCGAAGC